GAUCAGCGGGGAUUUUGGGGGGGGGGACUUUGCUUGUCCCACCAUGGCCUUGAGCCAGCUGAAAUUCAAGGAGCUGGGCGAGGAGGAGCCCACCUGGGAGCAGGAGAACCUGGACAGCGUGAAGGCGCUGACGGCCAAGCUGAAGCUGCAGACGCGCAGACCCUCGUACCUGGAGUGGGAAGCUCGGGUCAGGGGGCAGCGCUGGGGGGCUCGGACCCCCGGGGGCACCUGGGGGGCACCUCAAAGCUCCGGGCACCCCGAGGAGCAGCAGGGUCGUGGCGUUUGUGGCUUUGCCACCAUGGAGGCGGCUCUGGAGUGGCUCAGGACGGAGCUGCGGGACAUGCAGGCUCUGGACCAGCGGCUGGCGCAGCAGCUGAUGCGGCUGCGGGCGCGGCUGCACCGGCUGAAGGUGGAGCAGGCCUGCCACCAGCACAAGGAGAUGCUGGACGACGCCACCUUCGGCCUCGAGGGCUGCGAGGAAGACUCGGAUCUGCUCUGCACCAUCCCCCCCAAGGCCGCUUUCCUGCUCUCCACGCCGCUCAAGCACAUCGGCGUCACCCGCAUGAACAUCAACUCCCGGCGCUUCUCCCUCUGCUGAGCCACUCCCGCGGGCAGCCCGGGGGGGUUUGGGGGCUCCAAGAUCCCCUCCCCAAAUUCC